GCCCGAUGGAAACUUUUCCACUGCAUAAUAGUUGAGCAGAUAUAUUCGCAUACAGCUGGCGAGUGCUUCCCAUUCGGUAUCAAACGCGUCGCAAGUUUUCUCAUUACGUAACCGGAAGGUUCCGAUUUACAACAGAUUUUUUUCGUACUCCGAUAUUAUGUCGAGGGAUGAAAAUUUGCUAUGGGGAGUCAGUGAUUUGUUUACCGAAAAAACACUGGAAGAUAUUCUGCGCGGGGUUUCCAAGGCAAGAGAUGUGAAGGUUCUCAGUUGGGAUUUUGGUGAGGCAAGCAACAAAGGAGACAGCUACUUGUCAACAGUCAAUAGAGUCAAAGUGAAGGGCGAAGCUAACGGCAAGCCCGUAGAAACAUCUCUCGUAGUUAAGUCGCUGCCCAGAAAUAUAGCCAGGAGAAAAUCCUUCAGGAGUGCUGAAUUCUUCCGCAAUGAAAUAGCUUUCUAUGUUGAUAUAUAUCCCAAAUUUAGAGAAUUUUUGAAGUCAAAGGGGCACAACGAGGUGCUGAACGUACCUCGUUGUUUGGCAGCUGUAUCGGAUGGAGAGAACGAUUUUAUCGCCUUGGAAGAUGUCAGUGUUCACGGAUUUGGUCCCGUCACUCGUCAAAGCACUUUGACCUUUGCCGAAAAUGGCCAAAUUUUGAAAGCCUUAGCCAGAUUUCACGCCGUUUCAUUCGCUUACAAAGAUCAGCGGGACGAUUUUAAAUCUCUAUCCGACAAACUGAACGAGACUUAUUAUUCCCCUGCACACUACGAUUGGUACGAAGUAUUCCAGGGCGCGUUGUUCCGUAUUGCUAAAGAUGCCUUAGCUAAAGAAUAUGGCGGUACUAAAGCGGAAGAGGUUUUUAAUGCACAAUCGCGCAAAGACAUGUUCGAUAUUAGCUCAAAAUUUUGUGCUCGCAAAGAUGCUCCAACUUCUGUAAUCACUCAGGGUGAUGCCUGGGCCUCAAAUUUUUUGAUUCGGCGAGGAAAGGAUGGAAACGAUGUAGCUCUUGCCCUAGAUUUUCAAUUAGCGCGAUGCUCUAGCCCUGUAUUGGACAUUUCCUUCUGUAUUUACAGUUGUACCGAAAAAUCUCUACGCGACGAACAUUACGACGACCUUCUGAGAAUCUAUCACAAAGAACUUAGUGACACGAUAUCCCUGCUGGGAUCGGACCCGCAGAAAAUCUACCCAUGGGAUGUCUUUAUGAAAGAGGUACAGGAACAAUGUAUCUUUGGCUUGAAUUUCGCUUUGGAAGCUAUUCCGUUGUCAUUACUAGAUUCUUCGGAGGCGUUUGAUUUGGACCAAAUCAAAGGAGACGAAAAAAUCAACAUUUCCGAAGCAUGGCCAGUUAAAAAUAUUAAAUCGAAAGAAGGUCGACUUCGGCUUGCUGACGCCAUAGCGCACGCAGUAGAAAGGAAUUAUUUUUCUAAUUUGUCCAACUGAUUCUAAAAUUACCUCUACACUAAUAAGUGAGAAUGUCGCGUUCCUUUCGAAUUGAAAUCAUACCUCGUCGAGAGGAAUAUUAAAAAAUAUUAUUAUUCGAAUACAGUUACCGUUUAAUCAUACCAUCGCCGAAUUAUUGAAAAAUAUUGAAAAGUUUAUACCGACUCGUAUAUUGGCCAUAUAUAAUGAUAUUUGAAUAUGCGCACGUCUGUGAUCUACUAUGACAAUUGACAAAGCUAUAGGAUGACCUAGUAAAAUGAUAAGAAAUCGUACGCCAUCGAGAUAUUUUUUUAUUUCUUUAAUUUUCAGCAAGAAAAACUAUUGAGCCAAUCUCCGGCUCAACGAGACAUGAAUUAUUUGAUAAUGAAUGAUUUUCAAACACCUAGAAACAUUGUAAACUCGGAUUAUAAAAUAUUAUCAUUCAUCAUUCAAGGUCAUAAUCUAGAUACGUUGAAUGGUUGAUCUCGACCUAAUCUUUUAAAAUAUACGGCACCUUAGAGCAGGAUACCUUUUAUCGUUAAGUUUACCUUUUCGUCUGUAUUACCUGUUGUUAUAUUCUCUGUCAACAAUCAAUAAGAUUAUUAACAAUUGUUCUGGUUUAGCUCUACGGUAAUUGCUGCGUUUAUACGAGGAGUUCUUUGUCAACUAAUCAUCUUGAUUUAUUGGUUAUUGUUACCACUCGUGUUUCUCUUCUCUUUUUUUCUAGUAUACGUCAAAGAAACAUUAACACUUUCCUGAAUUCGGUUGUGCACGAUACACGAACUGCCGAGCGCUCCCUUGGAGGCGCGCAUAUUUUUUACUUCAUUAUUUCGACGAAGUAAGACUUUUUAAUUAUGGAUUUUCGGGGUCGCUGAUUCCGAUUCUGAUGUCAAAGUUUCCAAACAUACUUGAAAUCACCAAUUUACAAGUAUAUACGAGAAAAUGAUCAAUUCUUCGUUCUUCAUUAUUAUUGAGCCGCCAUUUUGAACUACCAUUUUUGAUUUCUGUUUUAAUCGAUUUUUCAUAUAAGACUCGUUAUCAGCGAUUCCAAAGACCCCCGAGACUUGAAGAAUAAUCAAAUGAAAAGGGAUGCUUCAGAAUUGAGUCCCUACGAAAUUAGGAACAAAAUGUGCUCUCGAUAUAGCCAAACCAUGGAUGAUCAAUCCAAAAAAUUGAAUCUAAUUCCAUAUACCUAACUGCGAAUGAAAAUAACUCUUCCGAUUCAUGAGACUGAAUGAUAAGUAUAGAGAUUGCAAUAAUUGCGUGUCUGUAUUUCAUUUGAUUGACUCAACGGUUCUUAGAACCUUUUUUAUGUUUGCCUGUAACUUUCACAAACCUUUCACUAUCGAAUCCGCCCAUGUUUACGUCAAAUACAAAGUUAUGCACUAUGCAACUGUUGGACGCUACGGUUUCGCUAAUAUUAGCUACUCGUAGGUUUGAUUAUUCAAUAAAUUGACUUGAGUCAAUCGUACUGCAAUAAAACUUAACAAUUUA